AUGGUUUUCAACGGCGUAUUAUCCCCCUUGUUUGACGAUAUGCUGCAUUUGUUGACGCCUGGUAACAGGCCACCCACCCCUCCGGUUGAGAGGGGUGCCACCGAGCAGGGUGUCACCAGCAGUACAUGUUUAUCGGCUGUAUCGGCCUUGACUCGUCUUGUCGACAAGCGCUUCGAUCGCCUAGGGUUCCUCCUCCCACAGAUACUUGCUUUACUGGGAGCCUGUGUACAUCACGAGAGUGAAGCUGUUGCUAGGAUUGUUAAGACUGUUAACAGCAAUGGUCCGGUCCCUGCCGGCGCGACGAACAAGCACGGUGCGACUGGUUCAGUACGAAGACGUGGUGAGAACUUGCCUUUCGAUUCGUCGGAAGUGGUAACAAAGUGCGUCGUCCAGCUACUGUUGAUCGAUCUGGUAUAUAGAGUUUUCUUUCGAGAGCACUACGACAAGGUUCCAUCUGGAGCCGUGGAAACCAUCUUGGAUGCGUUGCAGCUCAGUUUCAAAUUUGCUCAUUCGUUCAACGUCCGUCUGGAUAUCAGGGAGAGGCUGAAGAAGCUCGGUUUUAUGCGGGAUAUGAAGCAGUUACCAGGAUUGCUCAAACAAGAGCGUGAAGGUAUUUGUGUGUACUUUCGGCUGUUGGUGAAGCUUUAUUCCACAACGAGCUCCCCAGAAUGUGCUGAAAAACUGUCGCAAGUCAGCAUGGACGUGGUUUCAUCACUUCAACGGAAAGAAAAAUUCCUCAAGACACCGCAAGAGGGCGGUCUUGGCACGCCAAAGGCGGCUGAUCCGAUCAAAGUUAUGGAAUUUGAACGCGAGGUCGCGGGGUUGAUCCCUCUGGUGUCCGAUGUGAUCCUCGCCUCGCUCAUGGACCUAUCGGAUGACAUGUUUGCUGAGAACUGCGCUGAAUGGAUCUUCCCUAUGCUUAGCGAUCUCAUUCUAGUGGACGAUCGAGGGAUUCGGAGCAAGAUACAGCAGAUAAUGUCAACUAAGGUGAGAGCAGUCCUCAACAGGGGAACACCUCAGUCCUCGUCAUCAGCAGGCCAUCAGUGA